AUGGCGCGUCUUCUGCUUCCUCCUGUGCCUCCUUCUUGUGUGCGCCUUGUCAUCUCUGCGGCGUGCUCGUCGCCGCAAGACACGGCCUACGCGGCCAUCGCAGGCGCGUCCUCCUUCGUGCUUGAGUUCCACUUUGGCGACACCGCCACAGCCCUAUCUUCUCCUUCAUCAUGGAACCUGGACCGUGCCUGCUUCUGGUUUGACAGCUCGCUCAAGGGUUGCGCGCGGUUCACCAUGGCGCCCGAGCUAUUCGCGUCCGUGUUCAGCCAAAUCGCGAUGCGGCAUGAGGAACCAGAUGCCUUCUCGUGGAAGCUUAAUGAGAGCGGCUGCUUCUCGGUCGCGUCCGCUUACAACAUUCAGUUUCUUGGCUCCAUGAUCUCGACAUUGUGGGCCUCGGACAUGGAGACCACCGAGCACCUCCUAAUCACCUGCCCGUGGUCACAACAGCUCUGGGCGUGGGUCGCUGCUCGUUUCCGCUUGUCGGGAUUGCUACCUGCCUCCUGGCCACCAUGGGCGUCCCUUCAUGAGUGGCUCUUCAACCUCUCGGUUGGCACGGCUCAGAUCAAGCGCAACAAGUCAAUGGCGUUGAUGGUAUUAGGGUUCAUCUGGAAGGAACGAAAUGCUCGCAUCUUCAGGAGCAGUGAGCGGUGGGAUCUUGCAGCUGUUGAUUCACUCCCGAGCUACAUGAUAUCAUGUUACAAGGCUCUUUACACUAUCACAAGUGAUAUCGCCGAUAUAGUCAGAAAAGAGCAUGGAUUGAGCCCUAUCAAUCAUCUCAAGAAAGCAUGGGCAACUUUGUUUGAUGGAUUCAUGAUCGAGGGCAAAUGGUUAUCUACUAAUCAGAUCCCUACAUCCGAGGACUAUCUAAGAAAUGGGAUUGUCACUUCAGGAGCUCCACUUGUAUUCAUGCAUCUUUUAUUCAUGUUGGGGCAUGAAUUACCAGAGGGCAACAAUGACGACAUCCAUCGGAUCAUCUCCUGCCCUGCAAAGAUAAUGAGGCUCUUGGACGACAUGGGCAGUGCAAUGGAUGAAUCCCAAAAUCGGCUAGAUGGAUCAUACAAAGAGUUGUACCAAAGAGAAAAUCCUCGUGGUGAUGCAGAGAAGCACAUGUUGGAGAUGAUCGGGAGUGAAUGGGAGGGUCUGAACAGGGAAUGCUUCUGUCCGACAAAGUCAACACUAUCGCAUAGCUUCAUGACAGCAUCACUAAACUUUGCGAGGAUGGUCCGCGUCAUGUAUGGCUACGACGAUGAGCAGAAGCUCCCCGUCCUUGAGGAUUAUACAAGGAUGUUGCUCUUCUAAAUCAAUCAUGCAUUCUAUCACAUUAUAUUGCAUAUAAAUCUUAUAAAUGUAGUGCAUUAGUUUUUGGUAGGGUUGUCACGUAGGAUGUUGACUAACAUCCUGCACAAUUCGCAUAUGUGUUUCACAUGAUAAGAUGAUAAACAUACAUGGGAACAGCCUACAACUCCAUGCAGUGUUGAAAUGUAUGAUGAGAUGCAUAUGAAUUGAUAGGCACUGGACGCUGCGAAAUACUUUGUAUAUGAAAUUGUGAAUGUAUGAAAAGAUUGUUGGU